AUGGAAAAUGGAACUUUCCCAUCUAAUUUCUACCUGUCUGUUUUCAGGGACUACGGAUCCCUGAAAUAUGCGUUCUUUGCCUUAACGGCCACACUGUAUUUUGUAAUCAUAUUUUUCAAUGUCAUUAUCAUUGUGGUUGUAAUCAGAAACAGAGCACUGCACCAGCCCAUGUACAUCUUUAUUUCUUGCCUGUCAGUGAAUUCACUGUAUGGCACUUUGGGAUUUUAUCCAAGGCUCUUCAUUGAUCUACUUUCCGCUUUUCACACAAUAUCCCGUCCUGCUUGUUUCAUUCAAAUUAUUGUCAUUUACACAUAUGCAAUGUGUGAAUUCACCAUUUUAACUGUAAUGGCAUAUGAUAGGCAUGUUGCAAUCUGUGAGCCCUUGAAAUACAGCAGUAUAAUGACUCUAAAGGCCACUGGUACACUGGUAGCGAUUGCCACCAUAUAUCCCAUGAUUUGUAUGGGCAUGCUUACUGUACUGAGCAGUAGAUUACCAAUGUGCAGCAAUGAAAUACCCCGAGUGUACUGUGCAAACUGGGCUGUUGUCAAGCUCUCUUGCAUUGCCACAACGAUUCACAACAUUUUAGGUUUUUUCAUUACAGUAACAACAGUUUUUUUACCCUUGGUUUUUGUAUUAUAUUCGUACAUGAACAUUUUGGCUGUUUGUUAUAAAAGCUCCAAGGAAUUCAGGAAAAAAGCACUGCAAACAUGUCUCCCUCACAUAGUGACUUUUGUCAAUUACUCAAUAACUAUGUUUUGUGAGAUCAUCAUAAGUCGAUUUGAACUUGAGAAUGAACUGCAGAUUUUGGCGAUCAUUCUAUCAUUAGAAUUUCUCAUCAUUCCCCCGGUUUUGAAUCCGCUCAUUUAUGGUCUAAACUUACCAGACAUACGGAAGAGAAUUAUUAAUUUAUUUCAAAAGAAAGACAUUUUAUUGGCUUAA